AUGGGCUCUCUUCAAGCAGAAUUCCAAACGGCAAUAGUUGGCACACAAGAUGGUGGUCUCAAGAUCGCCCACAAUGUGCCAAUUCCAAAAUUGGAGGAUGACAUGAUCCUUGUUUCCAACUCGGUUAUGGGCCUCAACCCUGUGGAUACCAAAAUGACUGGCAAUCUUUGUACCGUCGGAGCUGUCGCCGGCAUGGACUUUGCUGGCGUUGUUCUGGCUGUUGGCUCGAACGUUACAACUGCAGGCGAUAUUGCUAUUGGAGAUCGUGUUUGCGGCGCUGUUCAAGGAAUGCAUGCUUUGACACCAACAGUAGGCGCUUUCGCACAGGUGGUCGGGGCCAGCGACGUAGUGACGCUGAAGAUUCCGUCUAGUAUGACUUUGGAGGAGGCAGCUUCAUUAGGAAGCGGAGUAGGAACCAUCGGCCUAGCUCUAUAUCAAUCGCUAGACAUUCCAGGAACGCCAUUGAAGCCAGCGAAGGAACCAAGGUUCGUCUUAGUAUACGGUGGAAGUACUGCUACCGGCACACUCGCUUUGCAAAUUCUCAAGCUAUCCGGUAUGAGGCCGAUCACCACAUGUUCACCCAAAAACUUCGAUCUUGCCAAAUCCUACGGAGCAGAAGCUGUGUUUGACUACCGGUCAGCUUCGGCAACUGAGGACAUCAAGACAUACACCAAGAAUUCUCUCAAAUACGUACUGGACUGUGUUUCCGAGCCAGAGACGAUGCGUUUCUGCUACAAAGCUAUCGGCCGGGCGGGAGGAAAAUAUACGGCCUUGGAACCAUUCGCUCCAUCCUUACACACGAGGCUUACGGUCCAGCCUGAUUGGGUGCUGGGUCCGACUCUACUUGGCAAGGCAAUUGGAUGGGGUCCUCCGUUUGAGAGAGAAGCCAAUCCGAAGAUACGAGAAUUUACAAUAGACUGGUUCAAGACAGUUCAGAAAUUAUUGGAUGAAGGAACGCUACGUCCUCAUCCAGUACGAGUAUUGACAGGUGGGUUCGAGGCGGCUUUGGAAGGCCUCGAUCUCUUGCGAGAAAAGAAGGUAUCGGGCCAGAAAUUGGUCUGUAGAAUCUGUUGA